AUGAUAGAAGGAAUUUCUGAAAAUGUUUUACAACAUAUUGGAAAAACACCAAUGAUUCGGUUAAACCGGAUUCCUAAGCAGGAGAACCUUGAAUGUACUGUUUUGGCAAAAUGUGAAUUUUUCAAUGCAGGUGGAAGUGCUAAAGACAGGAUUGCAAAGAUGAUGGUUGAAGAAGCAGAGCGAGAAGGAUUAUUAAAACCUAACUCAACGCUUAUUGAGCCAACGAGUGGGAACACGGGUAUUGGGUUAGCUCUAGUGUCAGCUGUUAAAGGGUAUCGUACAAUUAUUACACUUCCGGAGAAAAUGUCUGCAGAAAAGGUUUAUGUUAUGAAGGCGUUAGGUGUUGAAAUUGUUCGUACUCCGACUGAGGAGCCUUUUGAUUCACCAGAGUCGCAUAUUGGAGUUGCAAAUCGUUUACGGGAUGAGAUUCCAGGUUCGGUUAUUCUUGACCAGUAUAAAAAUCCCAAUAAUCCGAAUGCACAUGAGUUGUAUACAGCUUCUGAGAUUUUGGAGCAGACCGGUGGAAAGAUAGACAUGCUUGUGGCAGGUGUUGGUACUGGGGGUACGAUUACAGGUGUUGCACGAGCGUUGAAAAAAUAUAACAAAAAUAUUAAGAUUGUUGGUGUGGAUCCUGUAGGAUCAAUUCUUGCCUUGCCUGAAUCUUUGAAUACAGGGGUAGAUAUUUAUCAUGUUGAAGGUAUUGGUUAUGAUUUUGUUCCAGAUGUUCUUGAUCGAUCUCUUGUUGAUCUAUGGGUUAAAACAUCUGACAAAGAGUCAUUUCUUAUGGCUAGACGAUUAAUUGCAGAUGAAGGAUUAUUAUGUGGUGGAAGUAGUGGUAGUGCUGUUGUUGCUGCAAUGCAAGUAGCAAAAGAAUUGAAGAAAGGGGAAACAUGUGUUGUUAUUCUUCCAGAUUCUAUUAGGAAUUAUAUUACUAAGUUUUUGGAUGAUCGUUGGAUGCUUGAACAUUCGUUUAUUGAUAGCCCUACAAAACAUUUGAGUUUGGAUAUAGCUACUGUUAGGUCAAUGAAUCUCAAGGAAAUUACGCUUAUUGAGUCUUCCAUGCUAUGCUCUUUUGUUUUGAAAACUAUGAAAAAUAAUUUACUUGAUUUAUUACCAGUUGUAAAUCCUAUAUCGAAAGAGCUAGUUGGUCUUGUUUCUUCUGAAAGAGUUCUUUCGUUUAUAGCUCAGCGUCUUGUAACUUUUUCAGACCCAAUUGCUCCAUUAAUUCAAAAUCUUGAAAAACAUCUUCAAUCAGCCGUCCAUAUUGCACAAUGGCUUGCUGAACAGUCUGAGUCUUCUUUAAAUCAUUCUGAUCAUAGAUUUGUUGUUAUUACACUUGAUACACCAAUUGCUUUGCUUUUAAAAUUUUUUGAUUAUAAAGCAUUUGCUAUUAUUGUAGAUAUAUCUUCUGAUACUGGCGUUGUUAAGCCAAUUCAUGUAGCUAGUCGGCUUGGUGUUUUGAGUUUUAUGUCUACUUUUUCUUUAUCUAAUGAAGUAUAA